AUGGGGGCUGCAGUCAGCCAAGUGGAAGAAGCUGGCUCCUCUGCUGAGGCUGGCUCUACGUCCUGCUUCAUCUCCUGACAUUUUAUUCUGUCAGAAACAGAGCUGGACCCUGACUUCAAUCCUCCUUGCUGCAAGACAGUGCUGAUAAGGGCGCAGCGGUUAAGCAAGACUAAGAUCCAGCUGAUGGCCACAGAAGCAAGAACAGAUAAGAAUGACCUUUUUUCCCCUGCAUCGUCUCUCUUAUGG